GCAUUUCCUAUCCCGAGCACCAGACAUAUCACCCCUUCAGCAAUAUUCUCUUUUUCUUGCCUCACAUAUACCUCUACUGCCUAGCGAAAUAAAUACAACAUGGGUUUCUUCUGGGCUGAUCCCGUACCAACCUCGUCCACGUCGUCUUCGAAGCCUUCGGCCUGUCCAGUCCCUCAUCAAAAGCGUGGAGAUGCGCCUCCUCCACCGAGUUGUCCAAUGCACAAAAGCACCCAGGAUGCACUGAGCUCGGCAUCUAACCACCCUCCCGCUGCUGCGGCAGCGCCUUCGUCGUGCCCCGUCCCCCACGACCAGAGAAACACAUCCAGCACCUCCGAAGACUCCUCCUUCCUCUCCAAGCUCAAUCCUCUCAACUACAUGUUCUCCGACCUCUCGCAGUCCCGCGCCCCUAACCAGACGCACGUCCUGCCGACCGAGCGCGAUCCGAGCUCCAUUCCCAAGGGCUCUGGAGAUGGCAACUGGGAGUACCCCUCCCCCCAACAAAUGUACAACGCGAUGCUUCGCAAGGGCUACACAGACACCGAUGUCACCGCCGUCGAGAGCAUGGUCCAGGUCCACAACUUCCUGAACGAGGGCUGCUGGGCUGAAAUCGUGGACUGGGAGAAGCGUUUCGGCGGAGGCUUCUCACGGGCCUGGCAGAUCUGCAGGCGUGGCGAGGAGAAUGCCCAGGAGACGCAGCGGUUGUUGGACUGGAGGAACAACACCACACCAAUAGAGCCUACCCUUGUGCGGUUUCAGGGCCGUCCCAAGGAUUUGACUCCAAAGGCCUUCAUGCUCCAGGUUAUGGGCUGGAUAUAUCCCGCCAAGUUUGGCACUGAGAAGCCUUUCGAUCGACAUGAUUGGUAUGUUUCGAGAAAUGUCGACGGCACACAGAAGGAGGUUCGAUAUGUCAUCGACUACUACAGUGGACCCCCAGAGCCCACUGGGGAGCCCGUCUUCUACCUCGAUGUCCGCCCUGCCAUGACUCCCACCGGCGCCGUAGAACGUCUGAUGAGAUGGGGCGGAGAUGUCUGGUGGAGGGCAUCUGGAGGGGCCGUCCGCGAAGCCAACCAAGCAACUGGAAAGUGAAACGGGCCUAAAAACCUCUCAGCAAAGCAGCCUUUUUCUCUUCUCCACAUCCCCUUUGGAAAUGAGCUUCAUGUUUGUAUCAUCACGCACGGGAACCUGAUAUGAUUUGUAUUGUCCGGACUUGGAUUUCCAGCUGGCGUUUGGGAACUGGUCUCAUGAGCGAAUGAAUGGUUCGUCUUCUCUUUCUGGGGCCUGGCAAACAAGAUGAUCAACACCGGACCAAAACUCCUCUCUACCUGUAUCAAUCGAGGAAGACGCCACCAUAUACUGCUUCAAAAUUGGAUAGCAUUAAGCACCUCCC